CGUGAGUCUUUCUCGUGGCAAUGAGAAAAAUUUGUCAAUUUGUGCAAUCAUGUUCUAUGAGUCCGAUCAGCACAGCUACUAUGACAGCAAUGAGUACAAUGAUGAUGAAAACUCAGAAAGUGAUAGAGAAGAAAUAGAAUCUGCAUUGUAUGCCCAAAUCCACUUCCACCAUGAGGAGGAGGAUAGAAACUGUUCCUUUAGAGGCUACGCCACAUCUAUCCAGACUCGGUGUCCUGAGUUAACCCCAGUCAAUGAUGAUCUGCAGGACACACUCCCUGAGUCUACAAUUACAAAGUCCGGAUCAUCUUCAACACCCAUAUGUAUACAGUCAUCACCAUCUACGAGUGCCGACAAUAUAGUGUUGUCUGAAGAAGAGAGUUUGCGUAAUUCAUCUGAUUGGUCUGACUCAGACAGUGAUUGUAUGAUCUUAGACGACCCUGUGUCUAACACUGGAGAUAUAAAGGUGCAUGUUAAGGAAAACCAACAGCCCAUUCUGCAAGCAAUGUCAGAUAAUGUUGCAUGGAAGAUCUCAGAAAUGGAUGAGACAUCAUACAACCACAAGUCUAACCCCACACCAAAUCGUUACUACAACCCCAUAACUGUACGAUGUCACAAUUGUAAGGAGAUGGGACACAUAUCAAAUGUUUGUCCCAAACCUAAGAAAGCAGAGAUUUGUCAUCUGUGUGGAAUGACUGGUCAUUUCUUCCGUAAGUGUCCUGAAGGAAUAUGUUAUAACUGUGAAUCACCAGGGCACAUCUCCCGUGACUGUCCUCAACCAUGCAAGCAGCGUGGGCAGAUCUGCUUUCGUUGCCUCAUGCCUGGCCACUCCAAAAAUGUAUGUCCAGACAUUUGGAGACAGUUCCAUGUGACAACAAGUGGUGGACCAGUGCAGAAAAUUAACAUGAAACCAAAUCCAAAAAGAUUUUGCAGUAACUGUGCCUCCAGAAAACACUUUGGUUUUGAAUGUGUAGAGAACCGGAUGGAGAGGCAUGAACAUGGGAAUUACCCAUUUAUAUCGACUUACACACAUAUAGAUGAAAGAUUCCCGAAAGGUAAACCUUCAAGGAUACAUCUAAAAAAACCAAACAAGGAAAGGAUAUCUGUGAACCAGGAAAAAUCAAAUUGGGAAGUUAUGAAAGCCAAUGGUACAUAUAAAGGGAAAAAAAGGAAGCGCACAGAGGAGUCCGGACAAAAAAAAGAAACAGUGCAACGAAAACAUAGGAAACGAGAAAGGAAACGAAACAGAGUGGAAGAUGCACAGCAGGAGCCAAAAACACAAAAGAAAAAGAAAAAUAAGCAAAAUCGUAGAAAUCAGGAUGCAAAGACCAGCAUUGUAGAAGGUGAGACAGAAAACCACACACAGACAAGCCAAGUGAAACAGAAGAACAUACUAAACCGAUUUAGCAAAGGAAAGAAGAACUAUGUUUCCAAAGAUAGUUGGCAGGCCUGUAACCCUCAGUAUGAAAAGGACAGGACAUGUUACAGUGAUCAGGGUUUUAAAGCAUCUUACAACAGAAAAAAUAACUUUAACAGGGGUUUCAAGACAUCAUUCAACCAAAACAUAAUACCUCAUCAGUAGGACUAGUCACAGUGUACGACUUGAGAUUGAAAACAGGAUUUCUUCAGGAAGGAUUCAGGUUGUCCAAACUACAACAUCAGACAUUAUCUUAAAUAUUUUAAUAUGUAUGAGUCACACAACCUACUACAUGUGUAUAAGUCACACAUCCUACUUCAUGUGUACAAGUCACACAACCUACUACAUGUGUACAAGUCACACAUCCUACUUCAUGUGUACAAGUCACACAUCCUACUACAUGUGUUCCAUUCACAUAACCUACUACAUGUGUAGAAGUCAAACAACCUGCUGCAUGUGUACAAGUCACACAUCCUGCUACAUGUGUACCAGUCAUACAACCUACUUCAUGUGUAAAAGUCACACAACCUACUUCAUGUGUACCAGUCACACAUCCUACUUCAUGUGUACAAGUCACACAUCCUGCUACAUGUGUACCAGUCAUACAACCUACUUCAUGUGUACCAGUCACACAACCACCUACAUGUGUACCAGUCACACAACUUACUACAACAGGUCUGAUUGUUGAAGCAGACGACAGGUCUGAUUGUCGAAGCAUUACUUUUAAAGACUUUAAAAAUGUGAAAAAAAUUCUAUCCUAAGGACUUAGCAAAGUGAGUUACAACUUUAUUUUGAUGGUUUUAUACAAAAUUAAAGAUUGUAUUAGCAGUCAUGGGACAUUUUGUUUAAUAAGAGAUGCAGAAAGUGUAUCCUUUAUAAGAAAUACAUGUGAUUUUGUAUUAAGUUAUUUAUUACUAAACCUUCCUCAUUUGUCUAGCUACAUGCAAUGUAGAGUUUAACUCUGUGAUCAGGUAUUGUCUGGUGAUAAUAUUUAUUGUAUGUCUGCACACUGAAUCUGGAUAUAGAGGGUAGUCACUUACAGGGUAUGUAAAAUGGCUACAUUCUGGGGCUCCACCUUCAUUUUAUAUGUAGGUAUCACAGGAUCAUGAUUGAAUAACAUGAGUGACACUAUGAUGGUAUUAAGUGUUAAAUAGAAAUAUCUAACUUAAUAUGGUGUUUAUUUGAAUAAAAGUAAGAAGUUUA